AUGAUGCAGAAACGUGGACGUGCGAAGCACGACGACUUUGUCAUGACGCUAGAUUCCGAUGAGGAAGAGGAGCGUGUAGAGAGCAAUUUGAAGCGUGCGGAGCCCAGCUCAAAAGGGAAAAAAGCCAAGGCGCGAAUCAGCGAGCGCGAGAAAAUUGUGGACGAUGGCCGCAGCGCGGCGAAUGCACACUCUGCAAAUGCUACAGAGAAUUUAGAGAUGGGCCAAGCAUUUGAGUUUGAUGUGGCAGAUGAGUAUAGCGCGCUUCCUACUGCGCAGGACUGGAAUUUCCAUGCGACAGGCGCGAGUGGCGCAAAUCAUGCCGACGCUUCUGGGACUGCGGUCGACGAAAUCAUUGCGCGUCACAGGGAGGCUGGGAAAAUACCUGUUGAAAUGCUUAGCACAGAGGAAGAGGACGCGCUAGCGUCUGACUUGGAGAGCGAGGAAAGUGGCGGCGAAGAGUUUGGCGGCGCGGCGCGGAACAAUGUAGAGGAUGACGAAGGCGAGGAAGAGGAAGAGGAUCCCUUGCAAGAGCCUAAAGACGAAGAGGCAGAAGAAGAAGAGGAGGAAGAGGAGGAGGAAGCUUUUGCGGAUGACGACGAUAUGAGCGACGACGACGAGACGCGCGAGCGCAAGGACGCGUAUUUUGCACAAGAUGCGAAAGAAGAGCCAUCGGAGCCAAAAGUGUCCUUUGCAUCUUUUCGCCUAAAUCGAAAUCUACAGCGUGCCAUUGCGUCUCUUGGAUUUGAGAAACCAACUCCGAUCCAAGCGCGCACGAUUCCAUUGGCUCUCGCUGGCAAAGAUUCUGUCGCCAGUGCCGUCACAGGCAGUGGUAAGACAGCCGCAUUCCUCAUCCCAAUUCUUGAGCGUCUUUCCUACCGUGCAAAAGGCGCAGAAGCUUCGAAAUCUCGCGUGCUCAUCUUGUGUCCGACGCGCGAAUUGGCCAUCCAGUGCGCCAGUGUCGGCAAGGCCCUCGCCAAAUAUACUGGCAUUCGUUUCUGCCUGUGCGUCGGUGGUCUUUCGCUUAAAACACAAGAAACGGAGCUCAAGACGCGUCCAGACGUCAUUGUCGCGACACCUGGCCGCCUGAUUGACCACAUGCGAAACAGCGCGUCUUUCGGCCUGGAUGAUAUCGAGAUCCUUGUUAUUGACGAGGCAGAUCGGAUGCUCGAGGACGGAUUCGAGGCCGAGCUGAAUGAGAUCGUACAAGCAUGCCCGACCAAGCGGCAGACGAUGCUUUUCUCCGCAACCAUGACCGAUAAUGUCGACCAACUUGUCCGGCUCAGUCUUGACCGGCCAGUGCGUCUGUUUGUGGAUCCGAAAAAGAGCACAAACGCAAACCUUGUGCAAGAGUUUGUGCGUGUCCGUGCCCCAUCCGGUGCCGACCGCGCAGUGGAGGAGGAACAACGAGCCGCUAUGCUGCUGACUUUGUGUAUGCGUACAUUUCGCAAUCAGGUCAUCAUUUUUGUGCGCAGCAAGAAGCUUGCACACCAGCUUAAAAUCCUGUUUGGUCUUUUGGGACUUUCUGCCAGCGAGCUGCACGGCGAUUUAUCGCAGGAGCAGCGCAUGCAAUCGCUCGUCCACUUUCGGGAUGGGAAAGUUGAUUUCCUCCUUGCUACUGAUUUAGCGAGUCGCGGUAUUGAUAUUCGCGGUGUUCAGGCCGUCAUUAAUUACGACAUGCCCGCACAGCUCGAGCAAUAUUUGCACCGUGUAGGUCGUACAGCGCGUGCGGGAAGGCAGGGCCGGUCGGUUACUCUUGUUGGCGAAGGGGACCGCCGACUGCUCAAAGCUGUGCUAAAACGCACGCAGCUGGAGCAGGUCAAACAUCGACUGCUCCCACCCGACAUGGUCCAGAAGCUCGCAAACACGGUAGUCUCACUUAAACCUGAGAUGGAUGCCAUUCUUGAAGAAGAAAAAGAAGAGCGCGCUUUGCGCCAGGCAGAGAUGGAACUUCGCAAAGGAGAAAACAUGAUUGCGCACAAGGAUGAAAUUUAUUCUCGUCCUGCGCGCACAUGGUUCCAGUCCGAAAAAGAGAAGGCGGCGUCGAAGGAUAUUGCGCGCGCCGAAUACAUUGCAAAGGUCGACACUGGAAAGCGCAAGCAAGAAAAAGAUCGGUUUGCAGGACUCUCGCGGCGAAAGAAGCGCAACAAGCUGAUGCGCGAAGAGGAUGCAAAAGAAGACAACCGUGAGAUUCUUGCUAGCAUCCGCUCUGCAAAGCGCGCGCAGCGGCCCAAGGAACUAGGUGUGUACGAGCCGAAUGUGAAAAAGCAGAGCAAGGCGACAAAGAAGCGCAAACCUACCAAGGCGACGCAGGCCGCAGCAAAAAAAUCCGGUACAUUCAGCCGUGAUAUGAGUGGCUCGCGGGGAAAGCGCAGGUAG